CACCGUCGAUGACAUGAAGCGGACGAACACGACGGAGCCAGUGCAGGAGGAACUAUGAAGACACUAACAUGCACUUCGGCAUGCGUUCGAAAAAUAUACACAUUUGGAAGAGAUGGGUUUUUCGGACGUUGGCUUUUUCUGUUGUCGCAUUCAUGAUUAUUUUAUUCGCGGAUUUGCAGCUCCAAACCCAAACUUUGUCCGAACCUGCGCUGCGGCUCCCCGCGGCUGCUGCGCUCCAGCGCACCGUCCAACGGACCGGCCCGCACGAAUCGACCAGAACCAGAAGCGACAGCAUCAGGCCGAGAAAAUACACUCGACACACGACAUCUGCAUCGUCGAAACUAAAGAUCGAGGACGUUUACAUCGCGGUGAAAACCUCUGGAAAGUUCCACAAGACGCGCCUGCGUGUAAUUCUGGACACGUGGGUCUCCAUCACCAAAACGCACACAUUCAUCUUCACAGACACGGAGGAUGAAGACUUGAGCUCAGCAGGUCACAACCUGGUGGUGACCGGGUGCCAGUCGGACCACAGCCAGCAAGCUCUGUCCUGCAAGAUGUCGGCAGAGUACGACGGCUUCAUGGCCUCAGACAAGAGGUGGUUCUGCCACGUGGACGACGACAACUACGUGAACCCGAAGGCUCUUCUGUCCCUGCUGGCAGGGUUCCCCCAGGACGGAGACGUCUACGUGGGGAAACCCAGCCUGGACAAGCCCAUCACGGCCCAUGAGCUGCUGGAGGGCAACAGAACGAGGGAGGUGCAGUUCUGGUUUGCCACCGGAGGAGCUGGUUUCUGUAUAAGUCGAAGGUUGGCUGAGAAGAUGGCUCCCUGGGCCAGGGGCUCCAGGUUUGAGCAGACCUCGGCCAAAAUUCGGCUCCCGGACGACUGCACCGUGGGGUUUAUCGUCGAGAAAAGACUGGGCAUCUCAAUGGUUCACAGUCCGCUGUUCCACUCUCACCUGGAGAACCUGCUGCUUGUCCGGCAGUGGAACCUUGCGCAACAGGUGACUCUGAGCUACGGGAUAUUUGAGAACAAGAUGAACAGCAUCGACGUCAAAGGGAAGUUCUCCAAAGAGGAAGACCCCUCCAGGUACUUCCUACUGUUCUACAUGUUCAAAUACGCUUAUAAGAGAAAUGACACUUUGCCAAACUGAGGUUUUCGCGUAUUCACAUCACACUUUUAUCUCACGUUUGAACGCCGUUGCAGUGCUGCUCCUAUAGUAUGAUGCGCGGGUCUCAGGCGCCACGGUGAGAUUCUUCUCUCUCACAGCGAGUGAACCUGCUCUCAGUUCACUUCAGAGCGUCUGAAGAUGUGACACUCUCCAGCUCCGGCUCAUCGUGUUCUCUUCAGUCAGCGAUAAAAGCAAUUUGAUGUAAUACAAUGAAACAACAUGUGUGUUUUCUUCCCUGCUUCUUCCUGUGUGGAGCUGUGAGAACAUGCCACUGCAGAGCAUUUGCACUCAGCUCUUUCGAUUUGUUCCCCUCUGCUGGUGAUACUCAACAUGGCGGCGAGUCUGACCAGGUCAUCGGGUCCAGAACACAAACUUGUUGUCAGAACUGAACGCCUGAGAUGAAUUUCUGUGUUUGAAGAGAGUUUUGAAACUGAAAAUACAAUGUUUGUCUGAAAAAAAAAACCAUCUAGUGUUUUAUUUUCUCCUUCGCACUUCUAUUGAAUUAAACACAUUACACAUAACUGUGCGUUUUAGAUAAAUGAAUUUAAAUAACUCAACAUUGGAGGUGGCGCUGUUGUGGAGGACAAAGUUUCGAAAGCUUUUGUUCUGCUUAUUUUUGUCCCCGUACUG